UGUCGUCGCUCCCGGGGCGCCCGGCGGCAGCAGCGGCCAAGGGAGCACCCAGAGAGCAGCUCUGCUUUAUGGAGGCCCUGGAUGCUCACAGCAAGAGACAGUGAGAUGACAGAGAAUCAACAAAUGUCAGAAAUGGAUGGUCAACUAAUAAAUUCUAGACCAAAAGGAGCCUUGGGGUUUCAACACCCAGUGAGACUUUAUUUGCCCAAGUCCAAAUCCCAAAAGUUUCUUAGUAACAUCGGAGAGAAGGUUCUGGCAAGUUUUCCAGUGCAAGCUACAAUUCACUUCUACAAUGAUGAUGCUGACUCUGAGGAAGAAGAAGAAAUCAAUUCAGCCUAA